UUGAAAACAAGGUACACUUAUUAAAAUACAUUUUACUCAGCUAUCACAGUACCUGCUGCCGAAUUUAAACCCAUUUAUUUAUUUAAUUUAUUUUUUUUAUUAUUUUAUUUAACCCACUAUUUACAUCUGACCCUUGACCCCAGGGUGCUUUCUUCACUACACAUCUUUUCUGACCUGCACUUAUAAGGAAAGAAACAAUGGCUGAAACACCAAAUCAGAGGUUCUUUUGCCAUGCAUGCUUAACAGAAAUAUAUCAGACUGUACCGGAUUUAACUUGCCCAUUCUGUCAGUCUGGAUUUGUAGAAGAAUUACCAGAAGAGAACAGGUCGGCAUUGGAGACUGAUUCGUCGUCAUCCUACGAUGAGCCCCAGACAUUUUAUGAGCAGAUGGAGCCACAAAGUAUAUUCUCGUUUCAAACUCCCCGCGGCACGUACACACUUGAUUUUCUUCAGGAAAACUUGGACUUCCAGUCUCACCAUGACAACACUCAGAGAGACACUGGUUUGUUGCCAGGGCAGAGACAAAUUCCUUGGCAGCCGCGCAGUGGGCAGACUCUGCAGGGACAGGAUACGGAAGGAGGAGCAAUGAUUUCUGAGGGGAUCAUCCAGAUGCUACUGAGUGGCAUCCUUCCACCUGAGGUCUUGCAGCAUACAGUGUCAGAACCUUGGGCUCUAUCACAGCUGAACACAAUGAACUUUCCCAUGAAUUCCGAUGGACUGGACGCUGUCAUAUCGGAGCUGUUGAACCUGUUUGGAAAUGUGGGUCCUCCUCCAGCAGACAGAGAUAGAAUCAAUACGAUCCCGACCGUCACCAUCACAGAGGAACACGUGGGUGGUCUGGAGUGUCCCGUGUGCAAGGAGGACUACAACAUUGGGGAGAAUGUCCGACAACUGCCGUGCAACCACUUGUUUCACAACGACUGCAUAGUCCGAUGGCUAGAACAGCACGACUCAUGCCCAGUGUGCCGGGAAAGCCUCAGCGGCCAGGACACGACCACAAACCUGCCAGCGUCCAGCGUGAACUUCUCACCUCCAUCAUCAUCAACAUCAUCAACCAACUCCUCCUCGGCUCAACUCACCCCUUCAUCGGCCUCUUCCUCCUUUUCCCCCUUCACCUCCAACUCGCCGAGCGAUGAAACAGAUGAUGGGACUCAGAGUUCUUCUUCAUCACCCUCUCCUCAUUUAUGAGCCGCUCAUCAUCGCUGACAGCUGGGUUUGACUACAGCAAAUAUGAGAACAAGGUGCUUUGUGAAGAGAUAUGGAUUCUGCCUUGAAGCAAUGGACUGAAGUGGCCUAUGGCAAUCCAAGCUCAGAGAUGCAAGUGGACAUCUACCUGAUCAUGAAGCCACUCUCCUGGUAUGGACUCGUGGUUCUGCUCAUUUUCACGUUAUGUCCAGACCCAAACACGUCUUUCUUGAUUAUCAGUCGGUGUUGAAACCCAUUACACAUUUAUUUUGUACUUCAUUUAUUGCUUUAUGUCAGCCGGUGUUGUGACCAUAUUUAGUUUCAUAUAGUUUUUGGCUACAGUUUUGUCUUGGCUUCAUUUUUUGCAUAGCUCGAGACAUGAGGUGGGGAAAAACGUUUUUUCAAUUUUAAAAAUAUUUUUAAAAUAAAUGUAGUUCUAACUCACCCAGACUAACACCCAGAUCUUGGUUAGACCUAUAGGUACGUGUACAACAACAAUGAUAAUAUUUUUUGUUUUUCUUUUUUUCUUUCUUGUUCUCCAGCCCCCUAAAAUGUCUGUGCACGUGUCCAACUGGGCCCCUUGUGAAACUUUUAACAAAUGUCAAAUAUCAAGUAACUUAACAAAAAACACUUUCAAAGGGAAAUUUAUUUCCCAAACCUAUGAUCGACGUAAUCCUCUAAAAAUAACGCUAUUGUGAUUUUGGGAGAAGACGUUCUAAGUCCCAGGUUGAAAUGUUCCUCUUAUGCCAGUAGAGGGCGCUACGCACCAACUAAUCGGUUGGAAUGCUGUCAUUGAAAACACCUUCUGAAAUAAAAUAUAUUUUACGUAAACAAGAUGAUUGAAUGGGGAUUUAAUAUCGGUGUCUCCACAUUAGAAAGAUGUAUUAUUGCGUAUAA